UGUGCAAACUGACUUUUGAGUAUUAUAGGUAGUUACAACAAAUUUACAAAUAUUCCCAAUAUAUGUUGCGAUGGAAAAUAUGGUCUACUAAAUAUUAGUUUUACUAAUAAUCUUUAUUCAACAUGGACCCUCUUUUCCUCGCCAUUACCCGCUUUCGUCAACGCCAAUUUCCAGAGGCCAUAUCACACUGUGGAGAAAUUCUGAGAAAGAAUCCUCUAGAUCAGGCUGCGUGGAGUCUGAAAACGAGAGCAUUAACGGAACAAGUUCGUGUCGACUUUUUAGAAAUAUUUGACGACGGAAUUGCUGAAGCUGUAUUUAGCGAGGACACCAUCGCAACGACGGCCCGGCCUGGCACGUCGCUUCGAACCCCUGCCACAUCAGGGGGUCGGCUUCCUACUCGAGAUGGACCAAGUCCUGCCAUCAGACCUGUGACCCAGUCGGGUCGCCCAGUUUCCGGUGUGCUGCGACCCGGCUCGUCCUCCUCCGCCCGUCCUGGGACCAGUUUGGACCAAGCGUUGCGGAGUCGUGCGACCACGGCGAGACCAAUCUCCGCCUCGACGGGGAGACACGUCCGCCUGGGGACGGCGUCCAUGAUCUCGUCCGGCGAUGAGGAUGCCGCCUUCAUCAAUGUCUCGAGACUUAAUCUGCAUAAGUAUGGGAGGGAGGACGCUUUGGCCAAACCACUCUUUGAAUAUCUAUUUUACGUUGAGAACGACGCUAAAAGGGCCCUGGAACUUGCCACUGUGGGGUCUCGCUCCACGAACGUGCCUUCCUGGUGGUGGGAGGUCCAGUUGGCCCUCUGCUGGCUCCGUUUGGGACAACCACGCACCGCGGAGAAGCAUUUUCGCGCCUCGCUCGCCAUCGAAGCCAUGCUCGUCGGGUAUCUCGGACUGACCAAGGUUUAUCUUAAACUGGAUCAGCCCUUAGCGGCUUUGGAGUCUUGUGGGAAAGGGUUGGAACGCUUUCCUAACGAUGUGAGUCUCAUCAUUGAGAUGGCGAGGAUACAAGAAGGUCUGGGUGCGAUGGGGGCGAGUGUAAAACUUUACAAAGACGUCCUUACUCAAGAUGCGUCCAAUAUUGAAGCCAUCGCGUGCAUCGGGAUGCAUCAUUUUUACACGGAUCAGCCCGAAGUGGCACUCCGCUUUUACAGACGCCUCCUCCAAAUGGGUCUCUACACGGCGGAGUUGUUCGUAAACUUGGGUCUCUGCUGCUUCUACUCGCAGCAGUACGACAUGACGCUGAAUUGUUUUCAGAGGGCACUCCACAUCGCGGGAAACGACACACUGCCCGACGUGUGGUACAAUUUGGGUCAGAUCGCCAUGGGUCUCAGCGACACGACGUGGGCCGCCCAAUGCUUUCGCUUGGCGAUAUCUUGUGAUAACAACCACUCCGAGGCUUACAAUAAUCUCGGAGUGCUCGAAGCACGAAAGGGGAACCACGAGGGGGCCGUAGCGUUUUUUAAGACGGCCUCAUCCCUGUCGCCACUCAUGUUCGAACCGUUAUACAAUCAGGCCAAGAUUGCGGAUUCGGUUGGGGAUCUCCAAAAUGCAUAUGUUAUCGUACAAAAAGCCCUCGCCAACUAUCCUGAACAUGCCGAUUCGAAACAGUUGCUGCAAAAAUUGAGGGUUUAUUUCGAAACUAUGUAAAACCACUUGUGUGUUUUAGUGUCAAAUUGAAUAAUCUGGUGACCAGAUGACUAAUCAAAGAUCGAUAUAAGUAUUGUAAAACAUUUUAAUAUGCAAGAUUUAAUAAAAAUACGCCGGAUAUUUAUUUA